CGGGCCUGCGGCAGUUGCGUGGCUGUGGCGCGUGCCGUAGCGUAGAAUGUAGGCUGGCGAAAUGUCGUGCUAUCGGUACAUGCAAAGCCGGGCGCGUUCCAAGGGUCUCAGCGCUGCCUCCUACUUCACACUUCAGAGGGAAAUAUGCGAACAGAGCAUGGUCAUCUCCAGCAAGCCGCCUGAGCAACUGAUAGGAAUUCUCCAGCCAGAGCUGGUGAUGACCGAGUAUGGACCUUUGUACCAACGAUUGCAGACCCUUGAUCAUCUGUCAGUGGCCUACUAUCCUGAUGACCAGCUGUACGAAGAGUCACUGCACAUCCUUCUGGCUCUUCAGCAAAAACUCCAGUACCACGCUCAUUUGAGCACAUCCAUGGAUAUUGUCGAUGGCUCAUAUUCAAGUCGUCCUGCAGCCAUUACGAGGCUGUUGGUGGAGCUUAAUGGGAUUGAGAUCUUGCUGCGUAUCAUUAUGCAGUACAGCCUGCUUCCUAGAGAGAGUGCCAUCAAGCAUGUGAAGGAUCCUCGUUACCUCAUUAUACAGAGCCAUUGUGUUGAACUUCUACAUAGGCUCUGUGUAGAUGAUGCAAAUACAGCACGGGCAUUAUCUGAGAAAGAAGCACUUUUUCAAGGCCUCCUCUCCUUGCUGCAGUUCAGUGAAACUUGCUUAGUGGCAUGCGACCUCAUAGAAUGUCUUUUGCUUUCACGGCGAGAAGUUCUGAAUCUUACCGCCAUAUCCAACAUAACCAGUCUGAUCGCCAACUUGAGUGACAUUCAACUGGCCAAUUUCUGCAAAAUUCUGGCUAUAAGCUUGUCAGACCUGGAUGUGUAUGAGCACAAAACGUCACUGUAUGCCCAGUGCAAGGAGAAAAACCGCAAUAACUUUUCCUGUGUUCGAGACAUCAAUCAAGAGGUCAUCUUAAAUGUACCUGGUAUCCUCAAGCGUCUGGUCAUGAUAGCUUGUGCAAAACCCUAUACACCAAGGUUUCCAGCUAUUGCUGGGGAAAUGAACCACUGGAUGCAAUGGAUUGAAAAUCAAGUUAGCACUUCAGGCUCUGGCCCAGUGAUGGACUUUAUUGGUGGGAUCUCUCAGUGGAAUAGAGAAAGCGGCCGUUUCCAACAUGAAGCAGCCCUAAAGAUCUCAGCAGAAAUGACAUUCCGUGCAGAGGCUGUCUACAUACUAGGCUUACUACUUGUUGGAAAACGCAGAAAGGAGGUGCAGAGGGCGCUGGCAUCGCUGCGGCUAAUCCCACAGCUGUCGGAUCUGUUUGAUCACUUCGUAUGGAAAUACAAUACAAUGCGAGGCCAAGACAGGGGUCGCCUGCCAGGUCACAACGUUAACUGCGAGUGUAGUCCUGAAGUUGCCCUCAAGAUUCAAGUGCUAAGAUUGGUGCACAGCUUUUGUGAACAUGCAGAGUACAAACAUGUCAUGCUUUCAUGGAGUGAAUACAGUGAACUCAAAAGAAAUGAACAAGCUCGAAGUGUAGAAAGUCCAAGCCUUGAUCGCAACUUGAUGUGCACUGGGAGCAAAGGCCUUCUCACCAAAAUAGUUGAAGUACUCAAGAAAGAAGCGGGUAGCUCCACGUUCAGAUUCUGGCUGUCACGUGCUAUCGAAAGUUAUCUGCGUGGGUGCACCAGUAGUGCUGAUCAAGACUUCCUCCUUUCCAGAGGCCUUCUGCAGUUGGUUGCUGGCAACCUAGUCAACUGUAAUGUUCGCCAGAAAGAAGUGCUUCAAAGCAGUUUUGACCUCCUGGGCGAGUUGGUGAAGUUCAAUCUAAGGGCAUUCCGGCAGCUUGACAAAAUCCUGAGCACCGAGGCAAAGCAACGAAAGCUACUCCAGCUGGUGAACGGCUACUUGGUGGACUCCAACAUGUUUGUCCGUAGCCUGGUUCUUUCUCAGGAGCACCUCUCUGUGUCAGAUGACUAUGAGGCUAAAGAGUAUGCUGAGAGGACCAGCUAUGUGCUGAGCCAUAUCGGGGACCAACGAAACCGGAUUCGUUAUCUCAAAAAGCUGGUUUCUCUUGUCACCAUUUCCAACCUCACGCAGGAGAAUGUGAGCUGUGUCAACACAGCCUUAGUGCUGCUGAUCUUUGCACAACAGCACGGUCAACUGGUGAGUUACCUGCAUGCUCUGCGGGGCCCACCUCCACCAGGUGCAGCUAGCAAGGCGGCCUGCAAUGCCAAUGCACCUACUAGUGUCCCUGCUGGCUCCACAGCAGCCACAGCCACAGCUUCGUCAGGAAGCUUAUUGCAAAACCUGCUUGAGCUCCUGCACUUUUGGCAAGAGCACUACCUUCAUAAAGACAAAGAUUGCUCUGCCCUCGAAAAGAGCUCACGAAUCGCGUUUCACCGGUGGAAGGCCAUGGUGAACACACUGGUCUCGGAGGACAUUACCAGUCCGGUGUCCCUGGUCUACCAUGUUCACCCUGGGCCCAGCACCCGAGACAGUUGAUGGACUGAAUGCUCUGCAUCAGAGCGGUGCAAUCCAGCCUCUGAGCAUGUGCAUGUAAUACUGUGAGUUAGGUUCAUAGAUGAAAUGGGCCCUGUGUGCUGCGCAGAGUUUUUUUUUUGAAAGCAGUUAUUGCUAUCAUAAUGAAGUUGGCAUUGUCCUCUAUAGCAUGCUCAGUCAUUCAUUCCAAUGAUGUUUGCUAAAGAACAUAACAAAUGGCUAAAUAAUGCAGCCGGUUUCAGUCACCAUUCAUUUUGGCCACACGUGAUAGCAUCCUUGGCUCUUCGGCUGCUUAGUAUUGAUGUUGAGAUUUUCUACAGUCAGUGAAUCUCUUUGCUGUCAAGAGCCCUAUUUUAACUAAGCAAUAGAGGACUCAUGGGAACUAGUUUCUUUUGAUGGUGAAGUCACUAGAUAACAAACUGCCAUUCUGUACAUGGUGCAGAGCUGAAUCCUACAUCUUGUGAUCAUCAUUGUUGUCCUCUGUGUGCUAAAAAUACCAGUUAUGGAGGUAAUGAUGGAUGGCCAUGUGUUUUUUGCUGACCAGGUCGACUUGUGAUUAUUAUUGUGCGACUGUCAAUAUGUUCACAGCUAGGUUUAUUGAACUUUCUGAAGAAUGUGAUCUUACAGCAUUAAAUUGAAUGCAUUCUUUUUUUUCUUCUGCUGUUAUUCAGCCAGGGACAAGUAUACUCUAUCAUAAGUUCUUCGUGCAGAGACGUGAAGAAUGCUCCACAAUGUUUUCACUCAGCUUGGAUUAUGGGAGAUGGUUAGUGGUUCUUGAAAGGGUAGGAAGGAGGCAGGUUUAAGACUUUCUGAAGCGUUAGAUGCAUAAAUGAUCUCCCACCUUCAUCUGAGUGCCAUGUUGUUUUGUUUAUAAAUAGUGAAUUUAGUGUGAUUGUUGUCUGAAUACAGCCACAUUAUGCGACUUGUAUACUGCUUGUAUUUUUAAUCUACUUAGCAUGAACGAGACCAACUCCUCAGAGUGGUUUGUAAAUUUAGGUCAGCUAUUGGCCCCAAAAUUUUUCUCAGCUUGUAACUUGCAGUGCAGGAUAUGUUUUGAUUCCAAUUUUGUAUUUCAGCUACUAGUGGUGCAGUGUAUGUCAUUUAGUGGUGCAGGCACAGUGCAACACCUGAAACAAAUUACGAUGUGCCGACAAGGUGCAUGCCUUAUUUCUGUUUGCUUAAUUUAGACCAUUCUACAACGCUGACCGAUGGCAAACCGCACAUGCGUACAGUUUAUUAGGCGCAAACAUCGUGGCAAAACACAUCACGUCAGUAGGGGCGGGUACGGCGCCUAAGCCAAAGUACUGCAUCGUCUGCUCAGCUGCACGCACGGUUGCACCAAGCCGGCACUGUCAGCGUAGAAGGUGCAGGAAAAUAGUGAAUCAGUUCUGCACCUUUCGAAACGAAUGGCAGGGUUCAGAGGUUGUGAAUGCUUCACCGCUGAAACGAAUGGCAAGGUGCAGUACCUCGUGAACUGGUUUGUGUGGUGCAGGCUAAUCGAACGAACUUUCAGUAAAUGGGACUCUUGUUAAACUUUGUUUGAGGAAAUGUCAUUGAUUCCAUUUAGUUUAGUCCACACAAAGAAAAGUGGCUUUCUUAACAUAUUUCGAUUCUAUAUGUGCUGAAAAAAAAUGUAGAAAGAGGGAUAUAUAUAUAUAUAUAUAGCAGCUGCCUACAUGUAUUUUCUGCACAAUGCUGUUUCAGGCAGAAAACUCGACUUGUUUUUUACUUAUAUAUUGACUUUCUUCUAAUCUACAGCAGUACUUCUCAGUGUUAUCAAACAGGAUUUUAGAAUAUAGUUUAUGCUUUGCUUUUAACAUUUAUAAUGGCAGUCUAUAAGGUUGUGAUAAAGUUUAGGUGUGGCUUAUUUUACUGAACAAGGAAUGAAAACUUAUACUUCAUUUGCUCUGUUUUUUUGUUUUUUUUUUGUCCAACUUAGUGGGAUCAUUUUUUCUGUCACUCUAAAUGCACUAAACUCUCUCGGCAAAAGGGUAAUCUGGAAAUGUGCCUUUCUAUUAGAAGUAAAUUCAUAUUGCUCAGUAAAGGGUGAAAAUUCAUAUAUUUUGUAUAAAUGAAUUUGAAUGUCCACAGUAAACUUUAGAGAUGAGAUCAAAUAUAUAACAUCACGAUCUAAAAAUAUUAUAAGAAAGAGAAGUUGUCUCUAUAAACUGUAUGCAUCAAUGCCAGCAAUUCCUUAUAUAUGCUGCUUGGGGCAGCAUAUAAUAAAGUGAAGGCGGUAAAAAAAAAAUGUCGAGUAUACACAGGUCCAGGCUAAAAUUUCUCAGUGCCUGCAUGUUUGCAUUCAAUACAUAUUUGUUAAUUAGGCACAAUGAGCCCAUUCUUAAUAGUUUUCUUCACAUUUGGUAUUUCGCUCUUUUUUUCUUUUGAUGUUUUUUAAAGACGUGACUGUCAAUCUACUUCUGUAACAGGUAACUUGGAGUGGAUACUUUCUUAUUAACACACUCUGCAUGUGCUCAUAUGGUAUUUUAAAAUUUAAUUGGAGCUUAAGGUGAUACUGUGCAAUGCUUCAGAAAGUACAGAGACAAAAUAUGGCAUGAAGAUUACGCACGCAGCUCUUUGCUUAGGCCACUUCUAUGAUAAAGUUAAUUUUAUUUCAUGACUGAAUUUACAUGUUUGUACAUGAGGUCAUGAAGAGUCAAAGGCAGUUGUGUUGAUGUUGCAUUGCUUCUGCUUACAAUUACUGUAAUUGCAGUACUAGUUGAUAUAGUUUCUGGUAUGGCAUCAUUUUUUUUCUGAAAAAAGAAAUAUGUAAUAAAGUAUAACAGGAAACGGCAAGCAGCAAAACAAAGUUUUUUCUCAAGAGUGGGGAGGGGGUCCUUAAUAAUUUGAUUUUCAGCAUUGUUACAGUUUUGAAGGAGCAGUCUCUUCAAGUUAUUAUUUUAUUGCUGCCAAGCGUUUGAUAUUAUGUGUAGCUCUUGUGCUUGUGUAGUAUAUGCUUUGAAUAUGAAGUAAAACACAUCUGAGAGUGUUGUGCAAUGGUAGGAAACAUAUUUUUCGUAGUCAAAUACUGUUUUUAUUGCUGUUGCUUGAAUUUCUGCACCAAUGCAUUAAAGAUAGAGAGCCAAUUGUGACAUGCUCUCGUUAGUUGUAAUGAACUUUUUUAAAAUUAUGUGUACAUGGUGUAUAUGAGUUGAACACUGUAACUCCGACAUUUUGUGUUAAUGUGAAAUUUUGUGUGUUUGGAAGUUGUGAAAGUUCACCUAAUGAUAGUGUGGGACAUUGAAUAUGUGGUACUGCUUGAGGUGGUCAAACAAAUGUUGCUUGUUUUGCUUUUGUCAUGUUUUUGUAUUGUAUGCUGUGUGAAUGCAUGAUGAUUUUGUAAAUACCAACCUAUUAAAAGCAAAAAAAGGAAACGUGAAAGUCUGCAUAAUAGAGCAAUGUGUUGAGUGAACACUGCAGUUUUCCCUAUUGUCACUACAGUGGAGGUGGCCUGUUUGUUUUAAUUUCAAUAAACACUUUCUUUUAAACACAUAAAA